AUGCCCCAAUGGCGAAGCAUCUCGAAGCAGGGUCUGCGAGGGGCAGCAGCCGUUACACAACCCCCGAGCCCCCCAAGCACUGCGGGAAGAUCUCCAAGGUGUAGUGUGGACGGCCAUCCCAACGACGUCGCCUUCCCCGUAUUGCCUACCCCAGAAAACUACUUCUCCUCGAACUAUGCCCUCCCUCCAACAAAUUCACAAAAGUCUGUUCGACCAGAGGACCUGAAAACACCAGACAGCCACGUUGAGAGAGACGCUCGCCUGAUUCGACUAACCGGUACACAUCCCUUCAAUUGCGAGCCUCCCCUGAGCGACUUGUAUGACGAAGGGUUCUUGACUAGUGAAGACCUUCACUACGUCAGAAACCAUGGGCCAGUACCCAAGUGUGACGAUGACACCAUGAAUCAGUGGGAAGUCGCCGUCGAGGGCCUGGUUGAGAAUCCAUUUUCUCUGAGCGUCGGGGAGCUCAUCGCAGAAUACGAGCAGCUGACAUAUCCCAUCACGCUUGUCUGCGCAGGCAAUCGCCGCAAGGAACAAAAUGUGGUCCGCAAAUCAAAGGGAUUCUCCUGGGGUCCGGCCGGUCUCUCAACAGCUCUUUGGACGGGUGUUGCCCUUGGUGAUUUGAUUGCCAAGGCGAGACCGAGGAGAGGUGCGAGAUAUGUUUGUUUCGAAGGUGCUGACAAGUUGCCAAAUGGCUACUACGGGACGUCUGUGAAGCUCAAUUGGUGCCUGGAUCCUAACAGGGGCAUCAUGGUUGCUCACAAAAUGAACGGUUGUGCUCUGCACCCUGACCAUGGCAAGCCUGUUCGUGUCGUUAUCCCUGGCCAAAUCGGGGGCCGCAGCGUCAAAUGGUUGAGGAGGAUAAUUAUCACCGAGGAACCCAGCGACAAUUGGUACCACAUCUAUGAUAAUAGAGUUUUGCCAACCAUGGUAACGCCCGAGGCAAGCGUCGACCUGCCAGAUACAUGGAGAGACGAGAGAUAUGCCAUAUAUGACCUGAAUACCAAUGGUGUCAUCUGUUACCCGGCGCAUAAUGAAAAACUUUUACUUAAUGGCAAUAUGAGGACUUACAAAGUCCGGGGAUAUGCAUACGGUGGUGGAGGUAAACGAGUUACUCGGAUGGAGGUCACUUUGGACAGCGGCAAGUCUUGGAGAUUGGCAAAUAUUGAUUAUCCCGAGGAUCGAUAUCGCCUUGCUCCUGAUGGACAAAGACUAUACGGCGGAAGAAUUGACAUGUGGUGGCGAGAGACGUCGUUCUGUUGGUGUUUUUGGGAACUCGACGUGGAUAUUGAAGACCUCAAAUCAACGACCGGCAUCAUGGUCAGAGCAAUGGACGAAAGCCUCAUGGUACAGCCCAGGGACAUGUAUUGGAGUGUUUUGGGUAUGAUGAAUAACCCUUGGUUCAGGAUUGUCGUCCGUAAUGAUGGCCAUGCAUUAUGGUUUGAGCACCCUACGCAACCUGCUCUGAUUCCGGGCGGGUGGAUGGAGCGGAUUAAGAAGGCAGGAGGCAAUCUCACAAAUGGCUCAUGGGGUGAGAAGUUGACUGGCCAAACUGAAGAUGUGAUCGAGCCUGAACCAGAAAUGCAGGCAUGCAUGACGAAUCCCUGUAACAACCGUCUGGUCACCAUGGGUGAAAUGAGAUCCCAUAGUGGCGAACAGGAACCUUGGUUCAUUGUCAAUGGACAAGUAUACGAUGGAACACAGUUUUUGAACGGUCAUUCGGGUGGUGCGGCAUCUAUAUUCGGGGCUGCUGGACAAGAUGUGACAGAGGAGUUUGUUGCGAUUCAUAGUGAAAACGCCAGAGCCAUGAUGCCCGCGUACCAUAUAGGAAAACUCAGCCAAGAUGCGUUAGCGCAACUGCCUGGUGAGGCUAACGAAUGCGAUCCCAAGAGAGCCGUGUUUCUUGGCAGCAAAGUUUGGACAAAAGCCACCCUGCAGGAAAAGAUCAGCGUUUCUCCAGACUCCAAGAUCUUCAGAUUCAAACUGGACCACGCUGGUCAAGAAGUUGGAUUGCCUGUUGGGCAGCACCUGAUAAUGAGGCUGCGCGAUCCGGUAACUCGAGAGCCAAUCAUACGGGCUUAUACUCCAAUUUCCGAAGGAACAGAUCGAGGAUGGCUCGAUGUGUUGAUCAAAAUUUACCAUGACACUCCGGAACGUAAAGGUGGCAAAAUGACCCAGGCGCUCGAUUCCACUCCCAUAGGCCACUUCGUGGACUUCAAGGGACCAGUGGGUAAAUUCGAGUAUCUCGGAAAAGGCCUUAGUUCGAUCUACGGAAAGUCUCGCCAAGUAUCCAGGUUUAACAUGAUAUGUGGUGGUUCGGGCAUCACGCCUAUUUUUCGAGUAUUUCGAGCCAUGAUGCAGGAUGUCGAUGACCUCACUGAGUGCGUUAUUUUGGACGGAAACCGUGCUGAGGAAGACAUUUUGUGUCGGCUGCAGCUGGACCAGCUGGCCUCGAUCGCAAAGCAUAGAUGCAAUCUGCUCCAUUGUCUCAGCCGUCCAUCUUCUACAUGGGAAGGACGGACUGGCCGAAUUGACAAGGACCUGAUUUCACGUGAGAUCGGGCCGCCAAGGUUAAGUAACGAUGACGUUGUUCUGAUCUGUGGCCCAGAACAAAUGGAGAAGAGCGUCUGCGAUAUACUGAGAGACUUGGGAUGGCCAGAUGACAACAUUGUUGUGUUUUGA